GCGCGUGCGGCGGGCGCGGAGGCCGCGGCGCCUUUAAGGCGGUGCCUGCCGCGGGCCCGCCGGUGGCGGAAGCGCGCGGGCGGAAGUGCGGCCGCGCCGGCGUCCGUGUCGGUGUCGCAGCGCGCCGCGGCGGCGGCGGGGAUGGGCCAUGUGGCGGCUGGGCGCGGCCUGCGCGCGGCGCGCGGCGCUGCGCGGCGUCCGGCGCGGCCUCCGCGGGAGCGGCGGGCCGGGGAGCGCCGGGGCGCGGCCGCCGCCCGCCCCCUGGGGCCCGUCCGCAGACGGCGCGGCGCCGGGGGAGCUGCCGCGCCCGGGCAGGAGCGGACACUAUAAACAUCUGAUAAAAGGAGAAGAUAAAAAGAGGAUAUGUAUCGAGGGAAAUAUUGCAAGUGGAAAAACAACAUGCCUGGACUAUUUUGCACAAACUACCAGCAUUGAGGUUUUGACAGAACCAGUGUCUAAAUGGAGAAAUGUUCGUGGUCAUAAUAUUCUGAGCUUAAUGUACCAAGAUGCAUCAAGAUGGGGGAUAACAUUACAGACAUACAUACAGCUUACAAUGUUGGAACAGCAUACCAGACCAAUGAUUUCCUCUGUAAGAAUGAUGGAGAGAUCAAUUCACAGUGCAAAAUACAUUUUUGUAGAAAACUUGUAUCGAAGCGGAAAAAUGCCAGAAGUGGAUUACGUUGUCCUAACUGAGUGGUUUGAUUGGAUCAAGAACAACACUGAUGUGUCGGUUGAUUUGAUAGUUUAUCUGCAGACUUCUCCUGAAGUUUGUUAUGAGAGAUUAAAGAGAAGAUGCAGAGAAGAGGAAAAGAUCAUUCCUUUGGAAUAUUUAGAAGCUAUCCAUCAGCUCUAUGAAGAGUGGCUCAUUAAACAGACACUUUUUAAAGUUUCCUGCCCAGUGCUUGUUAUUGGAGCUGACCAUGACAUGCAGAAAAUGAUAAAAAAGUAUGAAGAAAACCGGGACCAAAUACUAAAUCCAUAUAAUAUGCAACACUGUUUAUAGACAGUCUGUUGUUGCUGUAUUUUAAGUCAUGUUUAUGAAGUCUGAUUUUGGGGGAAUUCCGAUGAGUAUUUGCAGUACUUCCUAAUAUGACGGUUUAUGCUUUAGAAUUGUGCUUUGUAAGAUGUAGACUUUUGGUAUGAAAUGUCUAUAAAGAUUUCAUAAACAGAAUAUAAGUUAAUUCUUUCAUGCUUUUCAGCUCUCCAUCAGCUUUACUGUGUCAAUUCUGUCUGGCUCAAAUAUGGCUAUUGCUUGAUUUCCGAUGUUGCUACUGCUUCCUAUAAAUAACCUAAGGUUGUUUUUUUUUUUUUAACUGACAAUCCUAUUUUCAUAAUUCAAAAGAAAUAGUUCCAUGUGAGAGGUGAGAUGUCCUCUAUUAUUAGAAGCAGCAAGUGAAGUACAUCACGUUAAAGUAACAUUCUUAAAUAAGUUUUGUUGUUUCCAGAUAGGGGAUCUUACUCUAAUCCUGCUUACACUAGUGUAAUUUCAUUGAAUUCAGUAAGCUUCUUCUGCUUUACAUAAAAUCACAAUAAAGUUGUAGUCCUGCAGAUACCUGUGAACUAGUACAGUCCCACUGAAUUCAGUGGCAAUAAAAGAAUAAUGUAAAGUUAAUAGGUGUUUGCAGAAUGGGUCUAAGUUUUUUUUUUUUAGGCCAGAUUUUUAAAGGAGCUUAUUCCUCAGUAGUUUUCAUUAAAUCACUGGCCCUACCAUGGCCAAGUUGAGGACUAGUGAAAAUACAGAGUGCACAGAUUCCUUUCAGAUGGUGAUGUAAAUACUAGAAUUAAUUGUUUUCUUAACUGUUUUGGCUUCUUAACUUUUUAGAUGAAUUUUUCAUGGAGAACUGUUUUCUUGGAGAGCAGAAGAAUAUGGUGGAGACUUAAUUCUUGUUCUGAUGUUGGCUAAAUUGUUGCGUUGCUCUUCAUUUCCGCUCUACCCUCUUGAACGUAGUCUUCAAGUUAAUGCUUUUAAUAGAACAGUUUUAUGACUGUUUGCAUAUUAACUUUUUGUUGAAUUUGAGGGGAAUGAUUCCUGAAGUAUUGUAUAUCAUUACUUUUACGUAAAAGUUUUGGUUUAAUUGGAGCAAGCAAAGUUAACAGUGCUUUAAAACACACUUAUGUUAAAGUAGCUGAGCAUCUGCCAUAGCUCUGUAGUGAAUAUUCCUAAAAAUAGAUAACAAAACUUCAGUUAGUACUUGUUGGAAGGAUAGUAAUUUCAGUUACCUGGCUUUUUCAUGCAUUUUUACCUGGUUAUGAACAGCAUCUGAUUGUAUCGUUCUUGGAGAUACAUCACUUCACUGCUUUUAUUCUGUAGUUCUGUUGUAGUUGUAUAUGUCCCAAAAUGGCUGUAAUUGAAAUGAUUGCACCUUUUUCAAAGUAAGCAAAUGCAGUCAUUUCUUUUUUAUAUCUGGUGGGGAUUCUUUUUCCAAUCAGUACAAUUGAGAAAUGAUCAGUGCACUGAGCGAGCAUUUCCUAGUGAAGUACUGAACUGAUAUGCUAAAGCUUGCGAACCCAGUUUUGCCAUUCAGUGGCUGUAAAGCUUUAGAAUUCUAGCUUAAAAAAUAAGAUUUUACAUUUUAAGUAAUUAUCUUACUUAAUGAAGCUUAUUUGUGGUGGGAUAGUAGUCAUUCUUGAAUCCUCCUUGAAACUUUCAGUUUUCUUUUUCUUCUAAAAGAGACCAAAACAAUUUUUUUCCAAGGAAAUAGUUUGUAAGUUUGAGUCAUCUGCAGUUUGUUCCUAACUCCAGUUUGAUUAUGGAUUUUAGAAAUGAAUGACAUAUAUUUUGCAAGGUAGCCUGACAGUGCAGAAGAGAGCACUUUAUUUGUUCUCUACAAAGAAUCUUUAACUUACUGUUUUCUUCUUGCUUUUAAAAGCAACUUAUUGAUCAGAUCUUUCUAAUUUUUCUUCUUUUGCUUCAUUAUAUCAAAACAGCCAUUUGGAUGGAGGUUGCUGAUGGUCAAAAUUAUAAUAAAAGGAAUAUAAAUUAUUUAUAUAACAUUUCUUAAAGAUUACAAAUGUAAACGCUGCAGAGAAUAUGAUGGUUUUAGUUUUUGUUAUGUAUUAUUUUUCAUAUAUCGACUUUCAUGUACAGGAAUCUUGGGAUAUUUAAUGAGAACUGGGAGCAAAACAAAACAGGUUGCUUGGUACGUAUUUUAAAUGUAUGAUAUUUUGCAGUCUGUUAUAGAUGUGUAGAUAAAAAGUAUUAAAACAACCACAAAUAGCGGUUUUUAAGCCUGGGAUUUGCUUUCAUUUCCUCAGUUGAUGGAGGAGAAAAAGAAAGCACAAUUGGCAUUAUCCUGGUGUGUAUUUUGUUCUUUUAGUGACUUUCUGAGAGGAAAUGAUUUGGCAGCAAAGCACAAAAUAACACAGAAGGUACCCUGUUUCUGCAACCCUGUUUCUGCAGGCAUACUGAACUUAGAAAUUAGUGGAAUGGAUCAUAUAAACAAACUGCAACUGUGUGGGGGUUUUGGGGGGUUUUUUUGUUUAUUUUUCUCUAAGAUCUGUCCUAGAAGGUAGGAUGUAGUCUUUACUUACAGUCUGAACAUGCGUAACUGGUUUUCCAGACAUUUUGGCAAAAUCUAUUUCUAUAUCUUGAAAUCUAUUUUAGGUAUGCAUGGGAUGAAUUAAAUUUUUUAAUAUUAAUUUUUUGUUGCUUCUCCUAACAGAGUAUUAAGGUUUACAUCAGCACAUCUUGCACUGUGAAGGUGUGAGAAUCAUUCCCACUGUGUAAGUUUCAGAUUACUUGAAGAAAAUCACAGAAACAUAGCAUCUUAUAAAAAUGACCGUACUGAGUCAGUCAAUCUUUGUGGUAUUCUGUUUCCCACAAUAGCUGGUAGAAGAUGGAUACUGGAACAAUGUAUAAGUUAAGGAACAGUGACUCCUUUCCAUUUAAGCCCUUCUAGCUCUUUUUGGUUUCCUGAGCCAUUGGUUUGUGUUCGUGUUUAGUGGCCCAUGGUGGAUUUUUUCUUCUGGAAAUUUAUCACUUUGUGAGCCUUUGUAAAUUUUGGCAUAAUACCCUGUGGCAUUGCGUUCCAUGGUUUAACUGCAGUCUAUAUGAAAAGUGCUAUCUCCUGUAUUGGCUUUUCUUUAUUGCUUAUGUAGUUUAGAUGGAUGUUCUGUCUAGACUUGGAUAUUUACUUUGUCCUGGUCAAUGUGUAUUAGCAAAUCAGCAACAUCUGGUAGCAGCAUAUAAAUUGGUUUGAAGUGAAAUAGAGAUACUGGAAAAAAUUAAAAUGUCGUUAAACAGG